UUAUGUUAUAUUUUUAUCAAAUGUCUAGCAAUGUCUCCUUUUAUCAUUAUUUUGAUACUCAGAAAGUCUCAUUUUCUCACUCAUUUCAACGUAUCUUAAAUAUAGCUAUUUUUAAUAUGAUUUUGUAUAAAUGAAUUUUUCAGAGCAUCUCAAAAAAUUGCAAAGAUCCGUUAAAAAAAAAAAAAAAUGAAUUGUGACAUAAGAAAAUUACUGCAAAGCAUCGUUUUCUCAUCGGUCGCGAAACUUCUUUCGCGUUCACAUAAUACUCGCGUAUCGAUCUCUGACCGUGAUCGACCGCAUUGUAGCGCGGAAUUGUAGCGCGAAUUUUAAAUCACUUUAGCACAUCAUUGCUAAAUGUCACUUCAACAGUCUUUUAACGCCCCGCCGCUCUAUUUUCAAGCUUCUCUAUUUUUACCGAUAGACUGUACAGCUUGACGGGUGGAAGGUAGUAGGAGAAAUAGGAGCCCCACUAGGAGGGGAAGGUCUAGUAAAUAAGUAACCUACGAAUGUGAGAACUGCUUCAGUCCGCGUUACAAUUAGUUCGACCGUUUGCCGUUAAUCGCAAAGCACGAACGAACGAAAAAUUUUUCCCGCAAUGACCGUCACGCUCCAUUACGUUUAAUUGUCGAAAUGAAUACAAUAGAAGACUCUUCUUCUCACGACGAUUAUUGUUGUCAUUAAUUAAAGCAAAUUGCAUUAUUCUGCCCUUGCAUUAAUCCUCUUUGAACACGCCGACGUGAAAGAUGGAUAGUGCCGCGAUUUUAACAUUAUUUGCCCUGCUAAUCGCGUUUGCGGGCGAUGCCGCGGCGUCGUGCAGGAAGAUAGAGAACGUCAACAUGUUGGAAUAUUUUUGCGAGGGUGGCCACCCCGUCGAUUUGACCACUGUGCCCGAGACGACUGAAAAACUGCGGAUCGUCAGGAUGCCGCUUCGCAGAAUAACCGCCGAUACGUUCUCGAAAUUCGGUAGGAAUCUCUGGGUGUUGAGCUGCUCGUAUUGCGAGAUCUCGGACAUCGAUGCGGACGCCUUUCGACAUCUCGUCGAUCUUCAGCAACUCAGCUUGAACAACAAUCGCCUGACCGAGGUCAAGGGGUCCUGGUUCGAGGGUCUGGACUCUCUGACAUAUCUCGAUCUCAACUACAACAAUAUACGCGAUAUCGAAGACAGUGUCUAUAGAAAUCUACCUAGUCUCGUGGACCUUAGGAUCUCGGGAAAUCAUCUGCGAUGUCUGAACCUCGACGAAAUGACACAUCUGACGGAACUGAAGCGUAUAUUCCUCGGCGAGAAUUCCGAGUUUAUCUGUCCGUACGCCGUCAGCCAGUUUCUCGAGAAUCAAGGCGUUGUUUUCGAGCAAGAUCCCGAGUGGCGAAGACUCGCCAGUGACAUGAUCGACGUUCACGUUCCACCAGUCCCGGAAGAGAAAAGCAAAACCCGGCCGAUAUACGACGAGAACUUGCAUCCCCCUGGGAGACCAUCUUCGGGGGAAUCGGAAGAAUUUUACGGGUCGAGAGAGAGACCGUUUCAUUCGGACUAUUCGGCGGAACAUCGUUCACGUCAUAGAAGACCGCCGACUACGACCCCGCGACCGACGACACCGAAGCAAACGGAGAGAUUGCCCGUGCCACGAGUCGAGCCCGUAUAUCCAGUUACGGACACGAGACCCUCGUACGCACCGUCGGAACCGUCGUCGCACCAGGUAAUGCCGCACCCAACGGAGGCGCCGCAAGUACCGCCCUUGGAAGAUAUCAGGAUGUCGGAACCACGUCCUCACGUCAGACCGGAACAGAUCUUGACGUAUCCGCCAACGAUGUACGAAACGCCGCCCCCUUGGUAUACGACACCGGAGACGUCCUUGGAUGUCAAGGACAGAUCGAGAUUAUCUAAAGUCAGACUGGAAGAGAUGUUGCCGUAUUCACCAACGAUGUACGAAACGACGCCGUAUUGGCGACCGAUGCCGGAAAGACCGCGAGCACCACCCGUGACGUCAACACCUUCGUGGGAGGACAUCAGAAUGGCAGGAACCGACAGGCCAUCGCAAACGGAACGCACGUAUCCGCCGCACAUUUCGACCUACGAAACUACGAUCUACGAUGCGUAUCCCACGUCAGAGAGGCCGCAAGUGAAAUCGAGAGGACGAGUGUCCUCGGAGGACGAAGUGAGAGGAGAAUCCGGAAGACCGCAGAGUAUCACCAUAACGUUUCCGUUGUACACGACCGAUGGUCCGGAAAGAAUAAUGUCGCACGGAUCCAUUCAAAUGACGCAUUCAUCUGACGAUUCGGGCAUGAUUGCUCUCGGGGGUUGGUCCACGGACGAUCCGUACAGGACGCAGAACUUGGAACGCCACGAGCAGUCUCGUCCCGCGGAAGAGAACGACCGACGAACGUACACGCCGGAUCCGCAAAAAACGCCGUAUUACGGGCACGAUCCACGCGAACUGAUCGUCGAAGAAUCGUCGAUGAGGAAGGACAACGACGACGACGACGACGACCUCUCUGUCGCCACGGAUCGGUCGCAGGCCCAGGUCCCGACGACAUCCCCAGGUCCCGCCAUGCAUCGCAUCAGACCCUCGCCAUCGGUACUGAUGCACUCGUCGGGAACGGACGAGUUCUAUCGCACGCAUUACGACUCGUCGGUCACGGUGCACACACCAUUGCAGAGAUAUCAAGCCAACGAGACGAUUCCCGGCGUGCGCCCGGUAGAGAUGACGCAGAAACCAUCUACCGAAUGUCCCAAAAAUUCGGGAUUGAAAACCCAACCGGUCGUCGGCCUAGCGGCGCUCAUCGUCGUCGCCGUCCUCGGGCACGUCGUCAUGGGGUUUUAAUCUCGAGCGCGCCUUAUCAUCCGAAUCGGCCGGACGGAUCACGCGGAAUAAAACCACGUAGGGGAGAACCGAGCUGACGUCUCGCCGAUCUAAGGAAUCGCAUCCGAACACCCGGUGUUGUGACUUGGACCUUCUCGAGCGCGCAUUUAUAUAUUUAGCGUUGUAACUCUUCCUCAUAGCUAUCGAGCAUUUCCCCA